AAACUCUCGCACACACAUCUCAUCCCCGACUCCCCACGUCUCCCACCCACACAGUCUCAGUCACAGCUGAGGCUCCCGCACCGAGCCCGCCAUGGCGCCACCUCCCCUGCCCCUCUUCUCCCCGUCCCCAAAGCCCCCACCUCCGCCGCCAUGGCUCCACGGCCCUGUCCCCCAGACCCACAACCCCGCCUCCGCGGCCCCUCCAAACCCCGCCGAGGCGGCUCCUCCGAAACCCCGACGCCACAGCCUCAAGCCGCCAGGGAAAACCAGCUCGCCCGCUGCCAAGCCCCUCACCGCCGGCGUCCCCGGCGGCCGCACUCGCCGCGCCGUCCUCGGCAUCAUCCGCCGCGUCCGCUCCCUCGAGCUCUCCUACCCCCCGAGCCCCAUCCCCACACGCAACGCCGAUGCCGCCGUCCCCUUCCACCUCCCGAUCGACCCGCCGCCGCCGCGGGAACAAGGACAAGAAGAGGAGAAACCCAGGGCGGUUCCGUGGGCGGCAGCGAGGGACGAGGACCUCAAGGUCGCGCUGCGGCGGGAGAGGAAGCCGCGGGAGCCGACGCGCGCGGAGACGGAGCUGACGGGCGACGAGCUGGAGCGGUUGCGGCGGUGGGCGCGCGGGGUGGAACGGUUGGUAAGGGCCAAGAAGGCCGGGGUCACUGACGAGGUAGUGGAGGAGAUGCGCGGGGAGUGGGCCAGGGGUCAGGAGCUCGCCGCCGUGCGCCUCGUCGAGCCGCUCCGCCGGUGCAUGGACCGUGCAAGGGAGAUCCUUGAGAUAAAAACAGGAGGCUUAGUUGUUUGGACAAAAGGAGACAUACAUUUUGUUUACAGAGGAAGCAAUUCUCUAGAAAAUACAAAGCAUCAAGGAAAUGAGCAAAGCAUUUGUGAUCAGAAGGAUGAAGAACCUGUCAAAGGUACACUUUAUGAGAGAGAAGUCAACAGACUAUUGGACAGUUUGGGCCCUCGAUUUGUCGAUUGGUGGUGGAACACACCAUUGCCUGUGGAUGCUGAUCUCCUCCCAGAGUUUGUUCCGGGCUUUAAGACUCCAUUUAGACAAUGCCCUCCUGGUGUGAGGCCAACACUAGCAGAUGAGGAGCUGACAUACUUGCGCAAGCUUGCACGCCCUUUACCGACACAUUUUGCUCUCGGUAGAAAUACAAAACUACAGGGUUUGGCUGCUGCUAUACUAAAGCUUUGGGAAAAAAGCCUUAUAGCAAAGAUUGCAGUGAAAGUGGGUGUCCAAAAUACCAACAAUGAACAAAUGGCCUGGAACCUUAAGCGUCUUACAGGAGGAACUGUGAUAUUGAGAAACAAGGAUUUUAUUAUUCUAUAUAGAGGCAAGGAUUUUCUGCCUGGUGGAGUUGCUCGAACUGUUAUUCAACGAGAGGCUCAGGUACAUGACGAACAGGUGAAGGAAGAGGAAGCUCGAAUGAAAGUGGUUGACUCACUUCAGAUGGUUGGUGGAUUGUCAUCUGAGGAAAGUUUUGUAGGAACCUUCAGGGAAUAUCAGGAUUUCCAAGCUAACUAUGUGUAUGAAGAAACCGAAAACUACAAGACCAUAAUUGAACUAGAGGCCGAGAAGCAUAGAUUGGAGAAGGAACUGAAAGACCAGGAAUGGAAGCUUUUCACUCUUAACAAGAAGAUUGAAAGAUCCAACCAGGUGCUGGCAAAGCUUCAUAGUUCUUGGAGCCCUUCAGAGCAAUCCACAGAUAGAGAGCUCUUGACACAAGAGGAAAAGGUGAUAUUCCGCAAGAUUGGCCUCAAAAUGGAUGAGCGUGUUCUCCUAGGAAGGCGUGGUAUCUUUGAUGGUGUAAUUGAAGAGAUUCAUCAAAACUGGAAACAUAAAGAGGUUGUGAAAGUAAUUACAAAGCAAAUUCAAAUGCGCCAGAUAUUAUACACUGCACAGCUGCUUGAGGUAGAAACAGGUGGAAUAUUAAUAGCAGUAGAAAAGCUCGCAACCAGCCAUGCCAUAAUACUUUACCGUGGAAAGAACUAUCGCCGCCCAACAAAAACAUCACCCAUUGAUCUGCUGACCAAAAGAGAAGCAUUACGAAGAUCGAUUGAGGCUCAACGACGAGGGUCAAUGAAAUACUUUGCUCGGGAGAGAGAAAAGUCCAUUUUGGAAUUGAAAAGGAGACUGAGAUAUGUGACAAGGCAAAUCAGGUAUCGAACCCCAUGAUCCUGAAGAGUUUAGACAGCAUGGUUAAUUUAUUUGGAAUAAUGAUGGCAUCCAUACUUUUUUUAUACCUUCAAAAUACCCUGUGGCUUCCAUAUGGGAUAAUUGUGUAAAGCCCGCAAUGAACAUUGUUGAAAGCGUACAGUUGUAUAAUUGUCUGUUUCUGUAUAUAUGUGUGCCACUUCAGCUCA